AUGAAGCCUUCUACUUCGAACACUGGCUUUUUUCAAGAGCUGCCGGUUCUGCCGAACCAAUUUUUUGAUGAUGCUAGCUUUCAACGAGCCUUGAGGCUAUUCUUGCCAAAGGACAUAAUCGAGCGAGUCGAAGUCGAUAUUGCGCAGCUGGGUGAGGAUGUGCUAUCCGACCAAGUCUUCUCCUGGGUCACAGAUUCAGAAAAGAACAAGCCAUACCUGAAGGGCAACGGCCGAGAUUCUUUCGGCCGACCAACAUCUGAGCUAGUCGUCGGCGAAGGCUGGCGUAGCUUACAAGAGUUUGGUACCAAGAAGGGUAUUGUCGCCACUGGAUAUGAUAAUUCACUAGGCUCUUCCGCCCGCGUGGUCCAGUUCCUCAGGAUUCACUUGUGGGGAGGUUCGGCCUCGAACGUCAACUGCCCAUCGGCUAUGAAAGACGGUGCAGCUCGACUCUUGCAGCUCCUUCUCUCCGGGAACAUGGAACCGAUCCAACGAAGGGUAUUAGAGAAUGCACUUCAACACCUCUUGUCACGGGAUCCAGCAAAGGCUUGGACUAGUGGGCAGUGGAUGACUGAGCGGAUCGGUGGGAGCGAUGUGUCUCUCACCGAAACCGUGGCUGAACAUAUCCCAUCCUCGGAAACAGCACUCGCCAAUGCAGAGGAGAAUAUCCCCCUCGGACCGUGGUCCAUCUCCGGAUUCAAGUGGUUUUCCAGCGCUACCGACUCUGCCAUGACUGUCCUCCUUGCGAGGACACAAAGCGGUAUCAGUGCCUUCUUCGCCCCAAUGAGACGACAUGACCCUACCGCAGUAACAAUGACUGGACGGACCAAGGGCGCCGCGGGGACUGAGUUGAAUGGUGUUCGGAUCCAAAGACUCAAAAACAAGUCUGGUACACAGUCGCUUCCCACGGCUGAGCUCGAGCUCGACAACAUGCGAGGUUGGCUCUUGGGUCAAGAGGGACGCGGCAUCAACGAGAUAAGCACCGUCCUCACACUUACGCGCAUCCACUCUGCUGUAAAUGCUGUGGGGUACGUCGGUAGGGGGUUGGCUGUGGCGAGAGCCUAUGCCAAAGUCAGACAAGUCGGCGCAGGACGAGGUCAACGGAUGCUUCUGACAGAGAGUCCGCUUCACAUGCAGACCCUGGCGGAGAUGACUGGCGAGUAUCAUGGUUUAAUGCUACUGACGUUUUUUACGGCGUACGUCUUGGGCUUGGAUGAGAACCCUCAGGCGGGCAGAUCCGGCCUAUCGGAUGCUCUCGCUGCGAUCACACCAGACCAGAAACACAUUGCGCCCUUGUUGCGCAUCUUGACACCUCUCUGCAAGGCCUAUGUCUGCAAGAAGUCGAUCCCGCUGCUCUACAGCUGCAUGGAGGCUCUUGGAGGUGUCGGGUACAUGCUGAAUGAAGAGACUGAGUACCUGAAUAUCGCCAGGCUGUACCGCGACUGUUGCGUUCUGUCGAUCUGGGAAGGCACAACGGAUGUCCUCGCUACCGACUUCUUGCGAGCGUUGAAACAACCCAAAGGCAGACAAGAGUCUGUAGAUGCUCUGGAUGCUUUCUUUGCCCAGACCACAUUGGCGAAGGAGGUGGGAGACCCUGCUGCGUGGAGUCCGGUUAGCUCGUGGAACACAGUCAAAAACUCUCUGCUUGAAAAAUCACAAGCGGAUCUCAUCGUUGAUGCAAGACACAUUCUCUGGGCCGUAGCGGAAGCGCUCAUCGGCGUGCUGCUGCACGAAGACUAUCAAAAAGAUGAGAGCCAAGCAGCAUUUGAUGUUCUCUCUCGUCACCAAGCUCAGUGUGGUGGUGAGACCUAUGGAAAAUCGGCUCCGGGAAUUAAGAGUGAGAGGCCGCUAGGAACGCACGAUAGGUUGGACAGGAACUUUACCAUUGUGUAUGGCAGAUCGGACUCCAUCAAGGCGCCUCUGUCGAAGCUUUAG